AUGGGUAACAAAUCAUCUCUCUUGUUGCGUGAGGAAGAAAUUGCCCAAAUUCACGAAGAAACAGGAUUUACUCCCAACCAAAUUGAACGACUGUACUCGCGUUUUACUUCGCUUGAUCGUAACGAUUGCGGUACACUUUCGCGGGAAGAUUUCCUGCGCAUUCCGGAGCUGGCCAUCAAUCCGCUGUGCGAGCGCAUCGUCCACUCGUUCUUUGCCGAUAGCAACGAUGAUCGUGUCAACUUCCGUCAGUUCACCCGUGUCCUUGCACACUUCCGACCGAUCAAGCCCAACAAGGAAAAUCGACUGAACAGUCGCGAAGAGAAGCUGCGCUUUGCGUUCAAGAUGUACGACCUGGAUGAUGAUGAAACGAUCUCGCGCGACGAGCUUCUCAACAUCCUGCAGAUGAUGGUAGGGGCGAACAUUAGCCAGGAUCAGUUGAACAGCAUCGCCGAGCGCACGAUCAUGGAAGCGGACACCGUCGGUGGGGGCAAAAUUUCAUUCGAAGACUUUUGUCGCGCCUUGGAACGAACGGAAGUUGAGCAAAAGAUGUCUAUCCGCUUCCUCAACUAG